AUGGCUCCCGCUCAGCAGGCCGCAUGGCGGAGCGCGCCGAGCGCAGAGGAGAUCGAUCGCCGAAAUACGGUUGGCAUCAACCUCGAAACCGUCACCAACGUGACGUCGACAGACUACCCGGGCCACCACCCGGGCGAGGACCUGGCCUUCACAAUUGACCGCUUCCGAUCCGGCUUCUCGGUGCGCUUCCACCAGAACGAGGCCAACCUCGCGGCCUUUUCGCUCGUCGGCCUCGACGCCUCCCUCGCCAACGCCUUCCGGCGCAUCCUCAUCGCCGAGAUCCCGACCCUGGCCAUCGAGAACGUCUACAUCGAGAACAACACGUCGGUGAUCCAGGACGAGGUGCUGGCCCACCGCCUGGGCCUCAUCCCCUUCAACGGCGGCCGCGACGGCCUGCAAAACUUCCUCAAGUGGCACAAGAAGCCCGAGCCCGGCGAGGACCCCUACGCCACGUGCUUCGACUGGAACACGGUGCGCCUCGAGCUCAACGUGACGUGCACCGUCAACAAGGAGGCCGCGGCCGACGAGACGGACCCGACCAAGGCGUACCACAACGCCCACGUCUACGCGCGCGACAUCGUCUUCGUGCCCACGGGCAAGCAGGUCGAGUACUUUAGCGGCGAGGACGCCAUCCGCCCCGUCAACCCGGACAUCCUCAUCGCCAAGAUGCGCCCGCGCCAGACCAUCAACCUGUCCAUGCACAUGCACAAGGGCAUCGGCGCCGACCACGCCAAGUUCUCCCCCGUGGCGACCGCCUCGUACCGCCUCAUGCCGACCAUCAAGAUCCUCAAGCCCAUCGUGGGCCCCGACGCGGAGAAGUUUGCGCGCUGCUUCCCCGAGGGCGUCAUCGGCCUCGAGCCCGUGAGCAAGAAGGAGGCGGCCCAGCGGGGCAGCGGCUACGAGGGCCACGCCGGCGAGGUCAAGGCCGUCGUGCGCGACGCCAUGAAGGACACGGUCAGCAGGGAGUGCCUGCGGCAUCCCGAGUUCGAGGGCAAGGUCAAGCUGGGCCGGAGGCGGGACCACUUCAUCUUCUCCAUCGAGAGCUCGGGGCAGUGGGACAGCGACGAGCUGUUCCUCGAGUCGGUCAAGCACCUCAAGCUCAAGUGUAAGAAGCUGGAGCAGCAGGUCAUCAACAUGGCGAGGUGA